UUAGUAAUGAACUUCAUACACCGUAAAGAAAACAGAUAGGUUUGUAAAAACAAAGAAAAGUCAUAAACACAAGUUACAUUUCAGAGUUUAGAUCGUUAGAACAAGUUACCUGUGUACCCAUAGUACCCUGCGACGCACUGGAGCAGGAGCAGACUACACGGAAACUAAUUUGACUCGCCGAAGCAACGGCUGUAUCAGUUCCUUUUUUUUAAAGUGUGGCUGGCGGCGAAAUGUUCUCUCGUGUGACUUUUUACCCUACAUUAAUGUACAAUGUCGUGAUGGAACGAUUGUCUACAAGAAGGUGGUACGAUCGCAUUGACGAUACAGUUAUUUUAGGCGCACUUCCAUUCCGCAGCAUUACUCCAAAGUUACUUGAAGAGGAAAACGUACGAGGCGUUGUGUCCAUGAACGAAGAUUUUGAGCUGAGAUAUUGGGUGACAAGCAAAGAGGAAUGGGAGCAAAAUGGUGUAAAGUUCCUGCAGCUAAGCACAACAGACAUCUUCGAGACACCGUGUCAGGAGAAGCUGCAGAGAGGUGUCCAGUUCAUCCGUGGUUUCGAAGGCACUGGGAAGUCUGUCUAUGUCCACUGCAAAGCUGGCAGGACGCGGAGCGCAACACUUGUCGGUUGCUAUCUGAUGCAGCGGUAUGCAUGGACGCCCCAGAAGACCGUAGACCUUUUACGCACAAAGCGGCCACAUAUUCUGCUGCACUACGCACAGUGGGAAGCACUACACACGUACUUCAAUCGAAAUGUAGUUCCAUCAGAGACUCAGACUGAGGCAUUGAAUGACGUAGCUGGCUAAAGCAGAUUGGAGAAGAAUAGUCUGCAAACGUACGGGAGUGCCUCGUUGCUGAACAAGCCUAGCUGCAAAGUAGCCGCAAGUCCGUGCUUCCAACACACAGUUUCUGUUGCGGUGCCAUUGUUCGGAGAAUUGUUUUUUAGGGUUACUUAAGAGUGACACACUGUGAUUCUUCUAUCCCUCAGGCAUCUGUCUCUAGCGUUCCUAACUUUUUUAGAAGCAGCGGCACACAUUUUGUACUUCUCAUAGUACUGUCCAUACUUGUCUGUUCAGGGUAUUGUUCCCCAUUCUGUGUACAGAUGCCAAGGUCAGCAGGAAUCUUUUCUAACAUUUCAUACGUGUAGGUCACAGCAAGAUGUAUUUCUUGGACGGUGAAUACCUUGUAUUGGAACGUAGGUACAUUCCUAUGGUCGUCUCAACAUGCACAGCUUAAAUGUACCUACGCAGUUGGUAUCUUCACCUACUAAUCCUUGGUUGAUUUCACUCAGGUAGCAUUUUUCCACAUAUGUAUUUUUCAAGAAAUAUGUCCAUAAUAAACAUAGUAGAAGUCAUGUUACCCAGCA